AUGGGCCGCCCCAAGAGAGUCCUCUCCUUCAUGUCGCAAUGGGGCGGGCUGCCACACACGCUGCACAAAAACCCUCCCUCUGCGGCUCCCUCGCCGGGCUCCGCGUCCCCUGCCGGCCCCCCCUCGCCCUUGCCCAGGCAGCCCGCUGCCUCCAACAGCUUUGCCCACUCGGCCACCGCCCUGGAAGCCUACAACAACGACCGCCCGCCGUCGCGCACCGCCACCCACCGCGAGCGCAGCGACUCCCGCGCCUCGGUCCGCCCCAUGUCCAUGAUCCAGACAUACCAGCCGCCCGUCAUGGAAGUGAGCCACGACACCCUGCCCGAGCUGCAGCGCAUCUUCAUGUUCCUCAACAGCCAUUCCAACAAGCUGUACCAGGAGGGCUAUUUCCUCAAGUUCCACGACACCGACUCGCGCGGCCGUCCGGCCGCAGAUCGCCGCUGGCAAGAGUACUUUGUCCAGCUCGUGGGCACCAUUCUCUCGCUGUGGGAUGCGAGUGCCCUCGACCAGGCUGGCGGCGAGGGCGAGGUGAUACCGACCUUUAUCAACCUCACAGACGCCGCAAUCCACAUGAUUCCCUCCAUGACGCUCAAAGACGGCAAGAAGCUCGACAACAUCCUCAGCGUGUCGACAGCCGCCAGCAACAAGUUCCUUUUCCACUUCGAUUCAUACCACGCCCUCACACAAUGGACCGCCGGCAUCCGCCUGGCCAUGUUCGAGCACACGACGCUCUCCGAGGCAUAUACUGGCGCAUUGAUUGCAGGCAAGGGCAAGGCACUGAACAACAUCCGCGUCAUACUCGACCGCCAGUGCGCAAAGUACGAAGACUGGGUCCGCGUUCGAUUCGGAGCAGGCACUCCGUGGCGCCGAUGCUGGUGCGUCGUUUCUCCGCCAGACGAGAAGGAGUAUGUCAGACUACAAAAAGUGCAAAAAAAGGCCGGCGCCUACGAGCGACCACCAGUCCUCCGAGGCGACAUCAAAUUCUACGAAACCAAAAAGGUCACCAAGCGCACAAAGGCCAUCGCCACGGUCAAAGACGCCUACUCCUGCUACGCCAUUUACCCCCAGUCAAAACCCCUCAUUGACCAGUCCACGCUCGUCAAGAUUGAGGGCAAGAUCACCGUGCACUCGAAUCCAGAGAGUACGACCGAAGGCUUUGUUUUUGUUCUGCCAGAAACACGACCCGCCAUUUCCGGUUUUGAGAUUAUGCUCCAGUUUCUCUUCCCUGUGUUCGAUACCUUUUCCCUAUACGGCCGGCCCAAGAAGCUGAUUGCAGAUGUUCUGGACACGCGAGGAUUAAUGUUUGCUAUGCCGUCCGAUCGGCGCUACGGAUAUCUGGAAAUGUGGGACGUGGUGGGCCUGAUCAACACAGAGGGCAGUGACAAGUGGUCAGAGCGCCAGUGGAGAAAACAGUUGAAGGACCUGACAUCGACCCGUAUGAUGAACUCGGGCUCGGAUUCAGAUUCUGGCUACAGGCGAGCUAGCCGCAGGAACACUGUGAGCCGAGCAGGCUUCCCCCGUCGUGGCCUACGUUUUGAAGAUCAAGGCUCCGUCCGCUCCAGCCCGUCUACGCGCCAGUCAUCUCCUACAAGGAGGAUACCGGAAGACCUCCAAGUGCAAGCGCCCCGUCGUAUUGGAACUGCACCAGCCGUGAGUCCGUUUGGUACACCACGCCAUCAGCGCUCCGUAUCCGAGCAACCCAAUGGUCAACUCCAAACGACACCGCCAAAAUUCGUCCCUAUUGAGGCAUCGUUGCCAGACGAGCGUGCGCCAACGCCGCCUGAGCAUCGUGUCUUUCACGAGCCUUACCAGAAUGGCGCCGUGCAGCCUUACGACAGUUCUGACUACGAUGAAAGCCCUAUAAGGGAGCCAGAAAACUUGCCGCCGCCUCCUGCAGACUUGGCUGCCCCGCCUCAGGGUAUCGUCGAUCUCCCACCAACCCAGGAGCAUGCCGCCAACCAGAAGCCGCCCAUUCGCCCAAACAUCCCCACCAUGAAGCCAAACCCAGCCGUCGACUCUGCCACACUUCAGCAGAUGGCUGACGCUGUACAGCCCGGCGUAGCCAACGCCGCCCUUGCUAGCCCUUCUUGGAGAGGCCAUGAAACCAUACAGAGUAGGCGAAGCGGCGACUACGGUGAGCCAGCACCAGCCAUGACGCUUGAUGUCACUUCAAGGCCACCGCCAUCAAACCAAAACUCUGGCAAUCGUCUGUCCACGAUUCCUGCGUCCCCUUACGUUGAGCAUUCAGAAUUUGUCGACUCCCCAAAUGGCUACCAUCCCAUUGCCCCGCCUGUUCCAGAGCAUAGUGAGUUACCACAGGAAUCGCAAAGCCAGGAGCUCCCCUUCCGCCCCCAGCCUGGGAAUGGCAGCAUUCCGCGUAAGCCAGUGCCAGGUCCGUCUCCCCUCGCCUCGCAAGAGGAUGAUACCCUCUCAACCUCUAGCUCAAGACUCGACAGUUUACGAAACGAUAUAAUCGACCCUGAUGCACUCGACACUCUCGAUCGCCAUCCAAGCUCCUCAAGCAGCCGUUACGACGAUGACGGAAUAUCUACAUCUACCCCAGACUAUGCCAGUGUUACUGAAGAGGAACCUACGCCACGCCAGCUUCCCCAAAGGCGCGAGGAUCGACCCCGGAGUGGGGUGUUGACAGUGGUUGGAGACCCGAGCGUAAAGGUUCCUACGGAUGCUCAAAUCGGAUAUCAGUCUGUGUUGGACCCAGCCAAACCUGCCGCAGAGCCAGUGAAACCACCUACCGAGGACGAGAUGCCAAGCAUCGACUUUGGACCGACCUAUGCUUUGGACUUUAAUGAAAAGCGCCCAAGUACGAGCGGAACCAUGACACAGAUGCUGCACGACAGUGGAGCUUCACAGCCAAGGGAAAAUCCUGCAACAACUCUCGGGGAGCAAAAAAGGCAUUCCUACAUGGCUGCUCCUAGUCCUCCUUACGCGUCUGGACACAUGCGUAGUAUCUCUGAUUCUACACAGAUCCAUGAGCCCCGACAGGUGCCUUGGCAGCCAGCUGCACCCCAGAACCAUCACUCAGAUAAACUGAGACUGGAUCCUGAAGACUGGGUAUUGCACCGUGCGUCUCAGCAACAGCCUAUAAUGCAUGGGCACUCGAGAAGUGUAUCGCGUACGCCUCCACCCUUUGGUCGCACACACUCGGGGGAUUGGAGCCAAGUGCAGCGAUCUCUUCAAGAAUCCCCAGGCCAUGUACGCCCGCCAAGUCGCCCGUUGAGUUUUGCUGCCGAUACACUGCUGGUUGAUAAACGACCCACAACAUUGUCGGCCCGCGAACAAGAACAGGUGGCGCGAAUGACAAAUACGCCACUUCUUGAUCUGACACAGACCCCCAAGAAGUUGCAAAAGGAGCCUGCCACGGGUCUAACAGGCUUCAUUGACAAUCGCGAAAAGGAAAGGGCCGCCUCCAAGGUCAAUCGCCAGAGCUAUUCGUCGUCUAUGCAAGCCGAAAUCGACAGGCGGACGCUGGCGGCCCAGCAGCGCCAAAUCAUGGAGGUUCAGCAACGUCAACAGAUGGAAGCUCAGCAGCGCCAACAGAUGAUAGUACAACAACAAUUGCUGCAGCAACAGAAACAAUUGGCCUUGGCGAAAAGUAGCUAUACCCCAAGCAUGAUGGGAACACCAAGCGGCAUGGGUGCUGCAAGUGUUAUGGGCGCUCCUAGUGUUAUGGGCGCUCCAAGCGUCAUGGGCGCCCCGAGUGUUAUGGGUGCUCCUAGCAUGGUGGGCACUGCCAGUGUCAUGGGCAUGCCCACAGGUCCAGGGACGCCGUCUAGCGUAGCUGGUAUGGGGUACUCUACACCAAACCAGAUGCAUCCCAUGUAUCAGCAACAGCAAUACUUUCCACAACAGCCAUCCACUCCAUACAUGCAGGUUCCUGGUGCUUGGGGUACACCACCAGGCCAAAUGUCGCAAGGCCAGUACUUUCCGCAACAGUCAUCGCCAGGCUAUAGCAAUAUGGGUCAGCAGCAACAGCAAACACCACCAACACAGGCCUACGGUGCAAGUUUCGACCAAGCCCAACAGGCGGCAAAGCUUGCAUACCAACAACAACAGCAGGGUCAUUACCGACGAUAA